AUGCAAGGUAGCCAGAUCCAAGCAAAAAUCGUACCACCAAGUCCAUCUGGUGCCAACAUUGAUACCCCCUCAUCUCCUACACCUCCUACCCCUUUAUGCCACAGGGUAUUGGAUCUUGCUGCUGUUAUGCCUACUGCUAACAUGAAAAUCACCCUUUUACUGGGGGUCGCAGCAGCUCGGGAGGCCGGAGGAUCUGCAGAGGCCAGGCAGCCCAGCUUCGCGAAGGCUCUCGGCGUGCCAGGGCCGCCACCCCGAUGCCCGAGGAAGGUCAGCUCCGCCGAGGGGGCUGCGAAGGGAGCCCAAGAGGAGGUCACGAGGUUGUCAGCUAAACCUGCUCCUGCAAAAGUGGAAACGAAGCCAAAAAAGGCGGCAGGAAAGGGUAAGUCUUCAGACAAAAAAAGUGCAAACAAAGGGGAAAAGGGAGCAAAGGGUAAACAGACUGAAGUGGCUAACCAAGAAACGAAAGAAGACUUACCUGCAGAAAACAGAGAGACUAAAAAUAAGGAGAGUCCAGCCUCCGAUGAAGCAGGAGAGAAAGAAGCCAAGUCUAAUUAA